AACAUGCUCUAAAACUGUUUAUAAACCUUCCACUACAUCUUUUGGAGAGCAUCAACUAACCAAAGUGUAUAGAGAGAGAAAGAGUGAAAGUGACGCGAAACAAACGCUCAAAGCUACUGAUACAGAGACACAAUCAGAAUGGGCGCUAUACUGUCAUCGCUUUUCGGCGCCGGCGAGGUGGCUGCGGCGGAGUCUACGCUCGAGGAUUCAUCAGAAUCCCGCGUUAUGUCUUUCCACUCUACCAACCGAUGGCAGCUUCACUACAAUUCACUUAAAGAUUCCGAUAAAUUGUUGGUUGUGGAUUUUGCGGCGUCUUGGUGUGGGCCGUGCAAGUUUAUUGAGCCGGCGGUGAAGGCCAUUGCUAAUAAGUAUCCUGAUGUUGAAUUUGCCAAAAUCGAUGUUGAUGAAUUGCCGGAUGUGGCCAAGGAAUUCGAGGUGCAAGCAAUGCCAACAUUCAUCUUUCUUAAAAAAGGAAAGGUGGUGGACAAGGUGGUUGGUGCCAAAAAGGAUGAACUUGAGCAUAAGAUUGCAAAGUGUGUGUCCUCGUAAUUAAUGAUCUAGUAACUGGCAUUUGGUGCUGCCCUGAGGCAUAUGUACUUGGGAGAUUGCUAAAAUUGUUUUCUCCAGUAUGAUGUUCUUACUGUUAUGCGCAUAUUGUCAAUAUGUUUACAUCCUUUGAUACACCAGCACGUUAUUGAUUAUGCAACUGUUGUCCGUACGUUUGAAAUGUUAUUGAGUAUGCCCUUUCUCUUGAAA